CCAAUAUAAGCCCAACUCUCUCGCCAAUAAAAGUCUCUCUCUCUCUCUCUCAUCAAAAUAUGAGAACGCUUAAUAUGAGGAGCCCUACAUUCUUCAUUCUGGUUGCAUUGCUUGUCUGGUCUUCAGGAAAUGAAACUUGCGGUGGUAGAAUAGUCAAGCACUGGAGAGGAAGCAAAGCAAUUCCACCAUCCCUUUCAAAUAAGAAAGGUGAUAAUGAUGCCGAUAGCCAAUAUCCAACAAGGUUGAUGGAAGAGAGUUUCACUGCACAAGGAAAGGCUUCAACUACUACUUUUAAUGUAAUAGACUAUGGUGCUAAAGGUGAUGGAACUACGGAUGACACAAAGGCAUUUGAAGCAGCAUGGGCAUCUGCUUGCAAAGUGGAGGCAUCAACAAUGGUGGUUCCAUCAGGGUCUGUCUACCUAGUCAAGCCCAUCUCUUUCUCAGGACCCAACUGUGGAUCAAACAUCAUAUUUCAGGUGGAUGGCAAAAUUAUUGCUCCUACAAGCCCUGGGGCUUGGGGUUCGGGUCUACUUCAAUGGCUCGAAUUUACGAAGCUUACAGGGAUUACAGUCAAGGGCAAAGGUGUUAUUGACGGGCAAGGCUCAGUCUGGUGGAGUGACUCAUCCACAGAAAAUCCAACAGAAGAAUCAGAAUCAGUCUCUCCACUCAAAGAUUCAACUUAUGAGAGCUCGCCGGCUCUGGUAAGUAGUGAGGCCACAGGGAAAAUGCCCAGCACCAAGCCAACAGCAAUCAGGUUCUAUGGGAGUUCUGACGUGACAGUGACUGGCAUAACAAUUCAAAACAGUCCUCAGACUCAUCUCAAGUUCGACGACUGCACAGCUGUUCAGGUUUUUGGCAUGACAGUUUCAUCCCCAAGUGACAGUCCUAACACCGAUGGAAUCCACCUUCAGAACUCCCAAGAUGUGGUAAUCCACAACACUAAUGUUGCUUGCGGAGAUGAUUGUGUCUCCAUACAAACUGGGUGCUCUGGCAUAUUUAUUCACAACAUGAAUUGUGGACCUGGGCAUGGGAUCAGCAUUGGAGGGCUAGGAAGGGGAAACACCAGGGCCUGCGUCUCAAACGUCACCAUCCGAGACACCACAAUGCACAAUACAUUGACUGGUGUAAGAAUAAAGACAUGGCAGGGUGGCUCAGGGUUAGUGCAAGGAGUCAUGUUCUCCAACAUUCAAGUUUCAGAAGUUGAAAUCCCUAUCAUGAUUGAUCAGUUCUACUGUGAUGGGAGCAAAUGCCAGAACAAGACUUCAGCU